UUCAGCUGUGAGUGACAUGAUCGCCAGUGCUGCGUGCAUGUGACAAGGAAAGAGUGCUGUGACAUUGCUGUGAGGUUAUAAAACCACACCAAGCCUGGAGAGCUGGCCUGCAGCAUGAUGGCUUCACUUUGACCACGACAGAUUUUUCCAAUCAGAUAAACAUGGACUCCCCAGUGAAAGCUCAGAAGACGAGGGUAGCAGUGGCACCACAAGCAGCCCCUGAUGGUGGCUACGCUUGGUUCAUCCUGCUCUCCUGCUUCCUGGUCUUUGGCCUUACCUUUGGGGUCAUUAAGUCCUUUGGUGUAUUCUAUGUUGAGAUACACCGAUACUUUGAAACUACAGCAACAGAAACAUCUUGGAUUACCUCUAUUGCUUUGGCUACCAUUCACUUUGCGGCUCCUGUAUCAUCUGCUCUGAGUGCUCACUACAGCCAUCGCUCUGUAGUGAUAAUGGGAGGACUGAUAUGCAGCAUAGGAGUCAUGUUUGGGGCUUUUGCUCGUAACCUAAUCGAACUCUAUUUAACAGUGGGGUUCCUAAAUGGUUUGGGCUACGCAAUGACAUGGACCCCGUCAAUGACCAUGCUGGGAUUGUACUUUGAGAAGAGGCGUCCGAUAGCAAACGCCUUGGCCAGUUCUGGAGAAUGCAUCCUUUCCUUUGUCCUCACACCUCUGUUCCAGCUGUUGAUUGACAGCUACUCAUGGAGGGGCGCUUUGCUAAUCCUGGGAGGUCUGCAGCUUAACCUCAGUGUGUGCGGGAUGCUGCUGAGGUCCCUAAAAGUCACCAGAGACAUAACUUGUGAGGUCAGAGCACAGGAAGAAGGCUUGUCCCUGGAACUGCUACCAAAAGACAGCAUGGAGCAGAGCAAACCAAGCUGCCUAGAGGAGCCAGGAGUAUCUGAGGGGUUAGAAAAGGAGACAAUUAGGGCAUCUCUUGAGGACCUGAAAAAGAUACCUGAUUCAACCAUAAAAGUACAAGACUCAAACAGCAAAACUGGGAUGGCUAAACUAAGCACCAAAAUCCUUCGCUACGUAGAUUAUACACUCAUCACUAAUGCUCGAUUCAUGGUCUACUCAAUGUUUGGAGUGUUUGCUGCACUGGGUUUCUUUGCCCCAGCUCUGUUUCUGGUUCCAUAUGCUCGUAGUAGGGGGAUUGAGGAGUACCAGGCGGCUGCCCUCGUGUCCAUCUCUGCAGUACUGGACCUGUUUGGAAGAGUGUUCUUUGGCUGGGUGGCAAACUUGAGACUGGUUGAAACGGUGAAGCAGCUGACAGCUAGUGUGAUUCUGCUGGGUACUGUGUUACUGCUCUGCCCGCUGGCCUCCUCGUUCCUAGAGCUGGCUGCUUUCAGCACAGCGUACGGCCUGGUGUAUGGUGCUACGGUCGCCAUCCACAUCACCGUGCUGGCUGAGGUUGUGGGUGUCAGCAGGCUCGGAAGUGCGCUGGGCUUCUUUAUGCUCAUACGCAGCAGCGGAGGCCUGUUUGGACCGCCCAUCGCUGGAUUCUUCAUAGACAAGAUGGGUGAUUAUGGAACGGGGUUCAUCAUGGCAGGGGUGGCUCUCAUCAUCUCUGCUCUGUUCCUGCUCAUCCUCCAUCAGAUGAACAGCAGGGGUCAGGGGUCGACCACCAAGAACCCCGAUGUGCACAUGGACAACACGGGACCAUCUGUCAGAGCUGACGCCAAAGAGCUGGACAUGACAUGAUUGAAGGGGAAAUUGUUUCUGUUGCUGAUAGAUGAUGAGUUUGAAAAGAGAUAUGGAUCUCAGGAUCACAGUUAGAAUGGCAGCGUGGGUUUUACAUGGGUACUUCAGCGUCCUCCCACAGUCCAAAGACAUGCGGGUUAAUUGGUGACUCUAAAUUGGCCGUAGGUGUGAAUGUGAGUGUGAAUGGUUGUCUGUCUCUAUGUGUCAGCCCUGUGAUAGUCUGCCGACCUCUCUAGGGUGUACCCUGCCUUUCACCCAAUGUCAGCUUGGAUAGGCUCCAGCCACCGUGACCCCCAACAGGAUAAGGAUUUACCAAAAAUUAAUGAAUGUAUAACUAGACACUGGAUGCCAAGAUGCCGGAUAUUUAUUCCAAUGGUCUCCAGCUUGGCGCAUACACCAAAAAUGUUUCUAGCUUCCAGGUUUUUACCUGCAGUAUGCAGCCCACUGAAUAUGCUCAGUAGUAUUGCUCCUGCUGGCUCUGCCUGCAAGUUCCUGCUCAGCUCAUAGACUUCAUGAAUCAAACACUAAUAGAAAGAUUCAUAAUUAACCUUGUUUGCAGUUUGAGGUGUCCUGUCAAUAGUCAGUGCGUGUACGUGCAGCUUGAGAAAAUCGAAUUAUUGUCUUAGUCCGACUGACACCGGACUUUUAAAUGCAUGUAAACAGCUUAGUCCGACUGAAAUUGGACUAUCCAUAGCUCAACUAACACACCUAGAUAAUUCGAUUGAAAAUCGAACUAUUGCUGCACGUAUCCACUUAGUCCGACUUGAGUCGAACUCGGCGUUCUGUGCGUGCACCACUUUUUCGUUCGCGGGCUUUCACCCAGAAGGAGAAGGAGAAGACGUAGCAGCAGUGCAGUAACUCCCGGAAAAACAAACAAACAAACAAACACCAUGGCGACCGAGAAGCAGAAGACGCACUUCUGGACGGACGAGGAAACUACAUUCAUGCUCCGACAGCUAAAGGAGCUAAACAUUUUAAGUUUAUGGAUGGUCGGAAAACGCAAAAUGCGUUCAUAUUUUAAAAAGUUGUUGCUGUUUUUUGCUGCAAUACUGCAAGUGGCCAGUGGAAAAAAUGGAAGCAAGGCUGGGUGGCUUGGUUUAAGUGCCUGGAUACUUUGUAUUGAAUUCCAUAUUCCUCUUUUAGUGAUUCAUUGUUAAAGGAGUUUUACUGUUGUAUUAUUUUUAGAUAUUGUUGGGAGGUUUUGCGUUUUUUUACCCAAGUCAAGGGGAUAUUGUAAUAAUGCAACGGAGGGUGAAAGGUUCAGCUCUUCUCCCUAAUCUAGUAAUUUUCGUACAGUCCCUAAAGUGUUCACAUUAUUCCCACUCUCUGGAAUGCACUGAACUGUAGGAACAUAACAAGCUGUAGAAACUCUGUAUUUAUGUCACUUAGGUGCAAAAUGUGUCAGGAAUGUGACAAUCAAUAUGUGACAAUGAAAUAUAAUUAAUUUCUAUCAAAACCACAAGUUCUUAAGUUGAUUUAAAAAUUGAAGCAUGUUCUUUAUACGUAUGUUGUCUUAGAGUCACACUUUGUUAUUGAUUUUUUUUCCCUUCAUUGCAAUAGUGUGAUGCAUGAAUGAAUGCUGGCUUGCAGGGUGAAAAUGUGACUCUAGCUCCCUCCAGCGAGGAGUUACUGUUAUUGCAUUUUUGCAGCGUUCUCGGCUGAAUGACUGAGCUGGAAAGUGCAGAUAAUUCCAGAUAUAAUACCACAGGGAAGACGGGGGAAUUUACAGAUGUAGACCAAACAACCAAAUUACAGUAAAUUGCACCAGUUUUCAAUUCAGUGCUCAAAAUGAAUGCAGUAUUCUUUACUGCUGCAAGUUUGUGUUUCAUCUUUGCUUACAAACAGAUCUGAAAAUCACCCUUAAGUGUUAACUUACAUCGCUGGAACAACAAAAUAAGUUCUAAAUGGUUCAUUGAAUUUCUUUCCAAGUUCAGUCCCAAUGCAGCCUAAAACCCAGUGAGGAAAAGCUUUUCUUCAUUUUCUUCCUCUGCUGCAGAAUGUUUGGUAUGUGCAACCAUCAAGAAAAGUAGCUUUCAUAACCCCGAUCCAGCAAGAGGCACCAGAUAAACAUCUUCAGCCUGGUAUAAUGCAAAAUAUAACAAGUAUAAAUAAACAUGUCACUCGGCAUAAAUCUGCAAUAACAAACUCCAAACCACGGUUUACAAACAGUGGCCCACACUGGAAUCCCCCCCCCCCCCCCCC